AUGAAGUUCUUGUGUGUCGCCCUUGUGGCGCUUGGCCUGACUUCGGCCUCCCUGUUCUCAUCCAACGACGAGUCCUCGACCGCUGAAUGGCAGUCCAAGGCCUUCGCCCAACCCAACCAUGCCUAUCACUUCAACUACGACGCCCAGUUGAGCGCCGGUUAUGCUCCAUGGAUCAGCUCUCAACGUGCCCAGCAACGCUUGAACGCCCAGAUCCGCGUUGAUUUCGCCUCUGAAAGAUCCGCCAUCCUCAGAAUCCAGAAGGCCCGUCUUGGUCAGCUGAAUGAUGAAGUUGACUCUUCCCAACUCCAGAACAUUCAGCAAACCGAGCGUGCUCAGAUCAGCGAGGAUAAGAUGGCUCAGCUCCGUCUGCCCGUUCAGUUCACCAUUGCCGAUGGCAUCGUGGAACGUGUCCAGUUCGCUGAGAACGACCCCACCUGGUCUCGCAACAUCAAGAAAGCCAUGAUCAACCUCAUGCAGUUGAACCUUCAACAAACCUCCUUCGAACCCCUGAAGAAGGCCACCCAAGAAGCCGACUCCAUUCCCAUGACCUUCACUGAGAUGGAGACCACCUUGGAAGGUGAAUGCCCUGUGCAAUACACCGUCUCCGAGACCGGUAAACAACAAUGGAACGUCACCAAAUCCGUCCAAUUCAACGCUUGCCGCAAGGUCUCCGACAUUGCCUACGGUCUUCACUCUGAGCACACCCAAUCCCAGCUGUCCAUCAAGCAGCAGCAACAACUCUUCGAUAACCAAAACUCUGUUGAGCAAUCCGCCAACAGCCAGGAAGAGCGAAUCCAAAACAUCCCUCAAGAGAAGUUGGAACGCUCCACUGUUUACCGUUAUCAGCUCCGUGCCAAUGGAAAGAAGAUCGCUCUGUUGACUGCUGAAACUGCAUCCAGCUAUCAGAUGAAAUCGACCAACUCCGAGAACCAGAACGCCCAACAAGUUUUGGCCUUGGCCCGUAUUCACUUGACCAAGGUCGAGGAGAAGAAGCCCGAACAAGCCGAACAGAAGCUCAGCGAGGAAGAGACCCUCCAAUACAACAGCCAAUACGAGUCUAACGAGAAACGUUUCUUCAUGUAUGGCGAUGAGGAGUUCUCUACCAACCCCUUCAAUGCCGAACAAUCCGAGGAAUCUCGCGUUAAGCUGAUCAAGAGCAACAUGAAGCAGAUCAUCGAAGCCUUCGAGAAGAACGCUCAUGAAUCCAAGCAAGAGACCAUCAACAAGGUCACUGAGGCCCUCCACCACAUCCGCAGAUGCUCCCAGAAGACUCUGAAGCAACUCCGUGAAGAGCACGCCAACCAAGUUGAAAAAGAACUCUUUGAGGAUCUGUUGGCCAUGGCUGCUACCCGCAACCCCAUCGCUAUUCUCGCUGAGAAGAUGAACAAGAUGAGCACCGUCCACUUCGUCAAGGUUCUCAAGUCCAUCUCCGGAAACUUGCUUGUCCCAUCUGAACGCAUUGCCAAGCACAUCCAAGAUGUCUGUGAGAAGACCAAUGAACAAGAAAACGUUCGUCAACAAACCUGCUACGUCGCCUUGUCCGCCGUUAUUGGACAAUUGAACCAACAACAACAACAGGCUCGCGUUUCCGCCGCCCACCCCACCAAGAAGGAGGAACAACAAGUUGAAGUCAAGCUUGCCGAGUUCCAGAAAAUCUUGGAAAGCCAAUGGGAAAACGCUCAGAACGACUACCAGAAGGUCUUGGCCUUGAAGAUGCUGGCCAACGCCGCUUUGGAGAAGACCCUUCCUUUGUUGGAAAAGAUCGCCCAUGGAAAGAAGGAAUCCACCUUCAUCAGAACUGAAGCCAUCGACUCGUUGAGAAGAUUCAGAAACACCCACCCUCAAAAGGUUCAGGAGAUCUGCAUGCCCAUCUUCGAGAACACCAAAGAAAAGCCAGAGAUCCGCAUGGCCUCUCUUUCCUUGGUUGCCUCCACCUUCAACGUUCAACCCGAUGUCGCUCGUCCAAUUGCUGACCAGAUCAUCUACACCUUGAAGAACGAGCGCUCCGAGCAAGUCCGCGCUUUCACCUACACUUUGUGCCGCGCCUACGCCCAAUCUCCAGUUGCCUACGAGCAAGAAGUCGCCCAGAAGCUCCGCCAAUCCUUGAAGAUCGCCAACAUCCAGGAAGAAGAGAGCCUCAGACGUGCCUCUCGUCACAUCCGUGUCCCCAUCUACAGCCAGACCGAGCAAGAAGGCAUCUUUGUUGGUGCUUCCUUGGCCUUCAGCCCUGAAUCUCUUCUUCCCACUCAUGUUGCCGCCUAUGUUGACAGCAUGCUGAAUGGAUUUGUUAACAAGCACAGCAUCUACAUCUCUGCUUGCCAACAAAACGCUGACCAAUGGAUCCAACGUCUGGUACGCAAGGCCCGUUCGGUCAACCGCUCCAGCUCGAAGAGAAGAAACGCCUCGGAAUUGAAAAAGUUCUUGGAAUCCAUCAAGAUUGAGAAGCGCGAACAGUCCACUGAGACCCCCUUCGCCAUGAUCUCCAUCCGUGUCAAGGAUGUCGACCAGAUCGUCCUUCCUCUCACCGACAAGACCUUCAACAUGCUCUUGGAGAACACCGAACAGGCUCAAUGGAUGGCCGACUUGUUCCAGAUCACUGAAUCUGCUGAAGGCCGCUUCAGUUCCAUGAUCUCUGCCCACGAAUCUGGCUUCGUUAUCCCUACCUCAACCGGUUUCCCACUUGUAUCUCAACAAUUGGCCAUUGUUUUGGCCAACGGAAAAGCUCAAGGAGAGAUCAACGUUGACUUCGGCUCUCACAUCAAGACCCACUUGAACAUCAAGCGCGCUCAGAUCGCUGUCGAACAUCAGCAGACUCUUCGUGUUGUCGACCCCAUCGCCAAGAAGGAUGUUGGAGUUGCCUCCCACAGAACUGUUGAACUCCAGACCCCCAAGAACAUGAAGAUCAAGAUCGAGGCUUCUUAUGCUCAAGGUCUUAAGAUCCAAUCCUCCACUGAAGAACAGAAGGUUCAACUUCUCUCCCUCAGAUCCCUUCCUUACACUUUUGUUGGACAAAAACAACAAAAGAUCCAGUCCAUCCAGAACCGUCAACUCCAAUCUCUUCAACGUGAACUGAAAUACGAGAGCCAGAGCUUCAAGAUCUCCGGUCUUGUUCAUCAGCCACUUUCCUGGACUCAGCCUUCUGAGGUUCUGAAGACUCUCUUGGCUGCCGAGAACCAUCUGACCGUUGACUACUACCCAGCCAAGGGAUACGAAGGAUCUGUCAGCUUCAAGGCCCAUGGUUACAUCUUCAAGCCAGUCAAGAUCGAAGAGGCUCUUUCCGCCCAGCUCAAGCAGUUCAGCAAGCAACAACGUCAAGUCGUCGACUCUGACAAAUGGACCGCUGGUUUCGAACAGCAAUCCGAAGAUGACCAAUCUCUUGAACAAGAGCAGGAACGCACCAACAACUUCAUGUCCAACUACCACAAGAAGAUCGCCACCGCCGGAACUUCCAACAAGGCUUACAAACACCGUCUUGUUUUGGUUGCCGAAUCUGGAGAACACAAAUCUGAACUUGAACUUGAGGCCACUUGCGACGCUUCCUUGACCGCUUGCCGAUUCCAAGCCAAGGCCCAACGCCCAGCCAUCAGCUACCUCCAGGAGUCCAACGAAUGGAAGGCCGAGGUCAACGUUGACACUUUGAUGCCUGAGAACCUGAAAGACAAUGCUCACAACCGCUUCUUGGCCCGCGCUCAUGUCCAAUGGGGAACCCAAUUCGACCAGAAGAUCAAGGCUUUCCUCUCCGCCCGCCCUCAAGCCCACUUCCCCGAAGAUGUUGCUCUCUUCUUGAACCAAAUCGACGUCUCCGCCGAUUACAUGCUCCACCAGAAAUCGCAGAGAAUCAUCGAGCGUCUCUACGAGUUGGUCAAGGCCUACUACUACCUUCAAAGCGAGGUCUACCCCGCCCAGAAGCUGUCUACUGAUGCCGAGAAGAACGGACACAUCCGUGCCCGUCUCUCCGUCGAGCCCGUCAACCGCCAAACUCUGAACCUGACCAUCCAAUCGGCCAACGAAGUCUUCCACUUGGAGAACGUCUACUCGCCAGUCAAACUCGGUCUCUACGUCCAAAGACAGGAGCGCCGCCCAGCCUACCACUCCGUCCAGUCCAUCCUGAACCGUGCCGCCGACGAAUCUCGCGCCGAAUGCCAUGUCCAGAAGAACAACAUCAUCCAGGCCUUCAACGACGUAGAAUUCCGUGCUCCUUUGAGCCACAAAUGCUUCAGCGUGAUCGCCAAGGACUGUCAGAACACCGGAGAGCCAUUGUUUGUGGUCCUCGCCAAGCAACAGACCUCGGACAAGAAGAACUCCAACAAGAUUGUCAAGAUCAUCGCCCAAGACGUCACCAUUGAGGUCCAACCCGCUUCCAACAAGAAGGAUGAGCAAUCCUUGAAGCUGUUGUUGAAUGGAGAGAAGGUCAACGCUUUCGAGCACCCCAUCGAGAACAUGGAAUACGACGGAGAAGAGCUGUACGCUCGUCUUGACGGUGUUACCGUUCGCUUCGAUGGCCGCAAACUGUUGGUCAAGGUCUCCCCUGAAUUCUCGAACGCUCAAUGCGGUCUUUGCGGACACUUGAACGGAGAAUACGACGAGACUUUCCGUCUUGCUAACAACCAACAGACCGACGAUGUCGCUGAGUUCCACCGUUCCUACUCGGUCCGUGACGAACAAUGCGACGACAAGCACCUGAACGAGUUCUACGGAAACCAACAACAGAAACAAAGCCGAUUCCGCAAGAUGAACGAGGAUUCUGACGAAGAAUGGGAGAACAGCCAAGCUCAGGACUCCGACGAAUGGGAAUCUGGAGAAUACAGAAAGGAACAGAAAUCCGAGGAGGAGCAGGAUGAUGAGUACGAUUACCAGAGCGGAAAGAAGAACACCGUCGGUAAGCCUUUACAUCGAUUUUACUUGAUUCAUUAAAGCAAAAAGACGAAAAUUGUAAUAAAAAUCUCGAUUUUAGCCCCCCAGAACGUGAUCGACGUUGUUGAACGCAAGCACGAGAUCUGUUUGUCCCGCAAACCCGUCGCUCACUGCCCACCAGAGAGCUACAGCAACGAGGACAAGGAGAAGACCGAGCAACGCGAUUACGUCUGCCUUCAGCGUCACUCCACCGAAGCCCGCCGUUUGUUGCGCGAGAUCCGCCGCAACCAAAACCAGGAUCUGCAGAAGUUGGCUGACCGUUUGGACAUCGACUUGGAGGCCACCAACUCCCCAUUGGAGGUCCAGAUCCACCGUGAAUGCGUCCGCGCUUAA